AUGAAUCCCCUUUUUCUACGCCCACAAGCCCGUUUUUUCCAUGCCACUGCCAGGAAGUUUGAUUUUUCCAAGAUGACCAUCAUUGGUCGCGUUGGUUCAGAAUUCACAGAAUUCACUUCCCAAAAUGACAGGAGGUAUUUGAGAUACAGCAUUGCUUCUCAGCCUAGGAAAGAUGGUGCCACCAACUGGUACAAUGUCACCGUGUUCAACGAGCACCACAUCAAUUUCCUAACCCAAUAUGUGAGGAAAGGUGCUUUGAUAUACGUCGAAGCUGACGCAGCCAAUUAUGUUACCGAGAAGGAUGACGGGACCAAGAGAUAUUCUCUAAGCUUAAUCCAAAAGGAAUUUAACUUAUUGAAAAACGGUAAGUCUGAAGAACCACCAGCUGAAUUGGCCGAAAAUUCUGAAUAA